AUGUACGUGGGUUAUCUUCUGGAUAAGGACACCAACAUGUAUCCCAGCCCCGUCCGGCACCCCAGCCUCAACCUCAGCCCCCAGAAUUACGUGCCGGGGCCGCCCCAGUACUCGGACUUCGCCAGCUAUCACCAUGUGCCAGGGAUUAACAACGACCCCCACCACGGGCAGCCGGCAGCAGCCUGGGGCUCUCCCUACACCCCUGCCAAGGAGGACUGGCAUUCCUAUGGCACCGCUGCUGCGCCUUCCACCGCCAGCCCGGGGCAGUUCGGAUUCAGCCCCCCAGAUUUUAACCCCAUCCAGCCCCCAGGCUCUGGACUCUUGCCUCCACCCAUCAGCAGCUCGGUCCCCCAGCUCUCCCCUAACCCCCAGAGACGCACCCCCUACGAGUGGAUGAGGCGCAGCAUUCCCAGCACCAGCAACAGCGGCAAGACCAGGACGAAAGACAAGUACCGGGUGGUGUACACAGACCACCAGCGCCUGGAGCUGGAGAAGGAGUUCCACUACAGUCGCUACAUCACCAUCCGCCGCAAGACCGAGCUGGCCGCGGCCCUGGGGCUCACCGAGCGCCAGGUGAAAAUCUGGUUUCAAAAUCGGAGAGCAAAGGAGAGGAAGGUGAACAAGAAGAAGAUGCAGCAGCAGAGCCAGCCUGCCAGCACCACCACGCCAACCCCACCGGCCGCUGGCACACUGGGACCCAUGGGAGGCCUCUGCAGCAGCAGUGCCCCAAACCUCGUCUCCUCGUCUCCACUGACGAUCAAGGAAGAAUUCAUGCCUUAA